CACACAAGAGCUUCAUUGCAGAAUGUAAUAUGUUGAGAAAUGUGAGACACCGCAAUCUAGUCCCUAUCCUGACUGCAUGCUCUACCAUUGAUUCUAGUGGCAAUGAUUUCAAGGCUCUAGUGUAUGAGCUCAUGCCACGAGGAGACUUACAUAAACUACUAUACUCAACUGGACAGUAUGAAAGCUCUUCAGAUUUGAUCCUCAUUGCGAUGGCUCAAAGGGUAAGUAUUGUGGUGGACGUAGCGGAUGCACUGGAGUAUGUACACCAUAACAACCAAGAAACAAUGAUUCAUUGUGAUUUGAAGCCUAGCAACAUUCUUUUGGAUGACAGUAUGACAGCUCAUGUUGGAGACUUUGGCCUGGCAAGAUUCAAAGUUGGUUCCACAAUGUCAUCUCUUGGUAACUCCAACUAUUUUUCUGUUGCAGUCAUGGGGACAAUUGGAUAUGCCGCUCCAGGUAACGGUCUUUUUUUUAGUGUGAAAUUGUUACAUUUUCCCGCAUCUAUGCUAAGCAGUGAAAGCAAAAUAACUCCACUCUUUUCAUUCUUUAGAAUAUGCGGGGGCGGUCAAGUUUCAACCGCCGCGGAUGUUUACAGCUUUGGUGUUGUUCUCCUCGAGAUAUUCAUUCGAAGAAGGCCUACUGAUGACAUAUUUAAGGAUGGACUCAACAUUGUGAAGUUUAUAGAGGCCAGCUUCCCCGGUAGGGUAUCAGAGAUUGUUGACCCCCAACUGCUACAGGAGUUGGAGGAAACUCCAAUGGCCUUGAAGGAAAAAUGUGUAGAAUGUCUUUUGUCUAUGAUAAAGGUUGGCCUUUCUUGCACCAAGCCAUCUCCCGAUGAUCGUAUCAACAUGCAGGAGGUGGCUGCCAAGCUACAUGGAAUCAAGGAUGAUUAUCCCAAUUCUGUUGCUUUGGUAGCAUUAGCUAACUGAAUAGACAAAUUGUUGUAUAAUUGGCUUUUAUCACAUAUCGUGCAUGUAAGGAGUAUUGGCUACCUGAACAAGCAAGUCCAGAGAUUCAGAGGAAAAGGAACAAUCUGAACUUACCCCGCAAAAUAAAACCUCUGGACUUGAGAGGUUCUGUUCUAUUUCUACUUAACUUAAUCACUAAAACAUGUUGCUCCCAACAUCAGUAAAAUCUGGAGAGUACAAGCUAGAACUAGAAAGUUCAGUCAUAGCCUGCUACUUAAUCACUAAAAGACCUUUCCGAAAGAAAAAAAAACUUAAAGUCACUGAAAUGCAAAGGGACUUGGGACUUCAUCGUUUCCAAUCCUUAUUUUUGUGUUACUGAAGGGAUUAGAUUUGAUCGACAUCGUAUCAAUGGAAGAGGUUAAUUAAUUAGGUUACACACUCAGCCAUUAACUAGU